UCCCUCCCCCUCUUCCCAUCCUCUCCUCCCCACCCUCCGGGAGCCCCGAGGGUCGGGAAAUUCCUGCUGGCUCCGGGGCUCUUUCGAGGCGGGGAGAAGGCACGGGCAGACGCCGCUCCUCCAUCUGGCCUCCCAACUCUUUUAGAGGCAAAGUUUGGUGGCCCGGCUUCCCUCUGGGCGCCCCCAGGACCAGCCCGGGUGGCAACCGCCCUCCUGCCAGCUUGUUGGGGAAGAAUACCUGCUUCGAAGGUUUGGCACGAGGAGGAAGCUUGAAGGGCCUGGCUGCUCGUCUCUGGGCACGGCAGAUCCUGUUUGGGUCAUUUUUAUUAAAAAGAAAAAAAAAACCCACCCACCAACCCAACAGCCCCAGCAACAAUAAAACCUGUCUCCUCCUCCUCCGCUACGCAGCUGGGAGCUUUGCCUUGGGUCGUGUUUGGAGUCCAGGAGCUUUAGAAGAGACCAACCGCUUCCAUCAGGGCUCGGGCCCCCUGGCGAAUUCCACUUUGGGACAAUUUCGUGACCCGGAGAUCAGGAAAAUCGGGAGAGGAGGAUCCGAACGCUAAGGCAGAGGUGGAUUCUGACAUCUGGAAGAACCGGGAGGAGUGAAAUCCAUGCCAAGCCGCCCCGGCCCUGGAAGACCCGACCGAAAGAAACGAAGAGGAGUGAUGAAAUAAAUUCAAGAAUCUCUCGAAGCGUCCGGAGAAGUAUUGGAGAAAGACCAACUGGAAAAAGACCGACCCGAUAACGACUCUAUUGAAGUCAGGAAACACCAAGCGGAGGAGCUCUGCGUCCGCAAAAGAGAAGGUUUUCCGGAGCCUAAAGAGUCGCUGCCCGUGACCCCUGUGUGACCAUUUGGAGGACCGAGUUUGGAGAGGCGAGAUUGUCAGUGGAAAAGAGCUGCAGUCACCUUCUUGAUGCCACUCUGCUGUGUGACUCCAGUUGCUUCCCCUCCGGGUGACGGAGACGAAGGUCUCCUCUGACGUUAGCAACUGUGUUUGCACUGGGCGAGGGGCAGUGCGGCACCGGAGCUGGGGGACGGGCAGAGCGUCCAUGCCGGCCCCGGAUCUCAGGGGCCGUGAAUGUCCUGGGACCCCGUGGACUUCCCUGAAGUCUGACCCGGGCAGCCCCGCCUGAAGUGGGGGAGAACUAAGCGGCGGCUGUGGCGCCGUCCCCCGAAGACUGCACCCUCCCCUCCGGGCCUGGAGUGGUUUUCGAGGUGCCCCCGUCACCGUUCACCGGGCUGCAGAUAUGGACUCUGAGCCCCUCCGGCCCUGGCUCACGUUGACUCGGUCGACCUCACCAUGGGCACGCACGAGGACAGUCAUUUCCCCUCCACUAUGGUCUACAUCGUGGUGGAGCUGGUCAUCGCGAUGCUGGCCGUCCUGGGCAACGUGCUGGUCUGCUGGGCCGUCUACCUGAACAGCAACCUGCAGAACGUCACCAACUACUUCGUGGUGUCUCUGGCGGCAGCGGACAUCGCCGUGGGGAUCCUGGCCAUCCCCUUCGCCAUCACCAUCAGCACCGGCUUCUGCGCCUUCUUCCACGGCUGCCUCUUCAUCGCCUGCUUCGUCCUGGUCCUGACCCAGAGCUCCAUCUUCAGCCUGCUGGCCAUCGCCAUCGAUCGGUACAUCGCCAUCCGCAUCCCGCUCAGGUACAAUGGCUUGGUGACUAGCCCACGGGCCAAGGGGAUCAUCGCCAUCUGCUGGGUCCUGUCCUUCGUCAUCGGCCUGACGCCCAUGCUGGGCUGGAACAAGUGUUCCCAGGGAGCCGGGAACAGCUCCCAGGUGUGUGGGGACAGGAAGGUGGAGUGCCUCUUCGAGGCCGUCGUGACCAUGGACUACAUGGUCUAUUACAACUUCUUCGCCUGCGUGCUGUUGCCCCUCCUGCUCAUGUUCGGCAUCUACUUGAAAAUCUUCAUGGCGGCCCGCCGGCAGCUCAAGCAGAUGGAGAACAAGAUGGUGCCCGGGGAGCGGUCUCGCUCCAUCCUGCAGAAGGAGGUCCACGCGGCCAAGUCCCUGGCCAUCAUCGUGGGCCUGUUCGCCUUCUGCUGGCUGCCCCUGCACAUCAUCAACUGCUUUACCCUGUUCUGCCCCGGCUGCCGCCACGCCCCUCUGUGGCUCAUGUACCUGGCCAUCAUCCUGUCCCACACCAACUCGGUCGUCAACCCGUUCAUCUACGCCUACAGGAUCCGGGAAUUCCGCCAGACCUUCCGCCGCAUCCUCAGGCAGCACCUCCUAGGCAAGAAGGAGCAGUUCAAGGCGGGCACCUCCAGCACGAGGACUUCCACCACCUACGGCGGGGACAGCGAUCACCCCAGCAUCAGGAUCAAUGGCUACACCCUGAGCGUCUACGCCAACGGGGACCCGGGAGCCCUCCGUAGGGACACCGAGGAGCUGGGGCCCAGCCUGAGGGAGGUGGGCACGACGUGGCGCUCGAACGGAAACGGCUUGGACCUGGAGACCAACGGGCAGGUCCUCGAGGCUGGCGGGGACAGGGACCCGGCGGACCGCGGCCAGCCCGCGGCCUCGAGCACGGGGCUCCUCCCCCAAGGGCUGGCGGGCGUCUGCCUGGAGGGCGCUUCCGCUCUGGAGGCCGAAGACGUCUCCUGAAAGUUUCUGCCGCAUCUUCCUGGUGAAGAUGAGACCUGGAUUUCCUCCCGACCAAUUUGAGGGUGGCGGAGAGGGGCAGGAAGGAGCAUGCCUGGGUCGGAGGCGUCGUGGUGGACUGUUCAAUCUCAAUACUUUCGGGACCAACCGGACAGGCAGAGAGGCCAGAAAGAAGGCCUGGAGAUGAGGAAAGGAGUCACACCUCAUGUGUCCAAAUAUUUGACUCCUCCCUGCCCCCUCUCGGGUCGUGCACUGGAAAGCUGAGAUGAGACGAGGGUUCCGGUGACCUGCCCUGCCCUGGGCAUGCCCAACCCCCACAGCGCAGACGAGAAGAGGCCUUCCCUUGACUUCCCUUGGCCUUGGGAAGAGGAACCGUGAAGCGAGCAGGCCAGCGUGGUCUGAGCCUGCUGGUCACACAAGACACACCUCGUCCUCCCUGCCUGGGGAUGGAAGUGUCUCCAGCAGGGUUCCUGAAGUUUCACCCAACAUGAAGCUCUGUUCACGAGGAGGAGUCGGAGUCAGAAGUGGGGAGUCUGGGUGGGGUUUUUUUGGUUUGUUUGUUUUUUUACAAGAGAAAUUGUAAAGAAUCUGAAACUUUC